AUGUCCCUUGUCUUUGACCCCCGAAGGACUGGAUCGUGUCUCAUGUUGACUGCAGACAAGUUGACAGAGGAAGGCAAUGAGCGCCGUGUGGCCGCUGGUCCCGAGACUGGUGGCAAAAACCUUGACCACGAGGUCCGUCACUGUUUCGCUGCUCGGGCCAAAUUUGGGGCAAGAGUGGAGGUUGGAAGCGCCCUGACCGCGAUUCCAGAUGCGUGGCUUCCUCUAUGCAACGGAAAUGCUUUCCCAUUCCAGGCGAUCCCGGACAUGCAGUGA